UAUCGAUAAGUUAUCAUAUCUAAUAAGAAUUUUCAUAGCUUGUGAAAUACAAGAGCGCGCAUUUGAAUAAAAUUUGCAAAACUAUUCAAACAAUAAAACGAAUAAUUCAUUAAAAAGAAACUAAGAAAUUGUUUAACGUUUCAGCUAAAUACCGUAUAAUUAUUACAAAAAUGAAGCGUUCGAAGCACGACACAUCUAACCAAAAUUAUAAUCUUCGUGGCAAAGCCAUGUCUCCAAGUGCAUGUGAAGAAGAGGACAUAUCACGUUUAUCACCACAGCAGGUUAUUUCCAAACAGUCACUCAAGCAAAGGCGCUUGUCUACAGCAAAAAGUAUAUCGGAAUUUCCCUUUAACAAAAGACGCGUUCGUGUAUUAAGUGCUGAAGAUAAAGUAAGUGAUGUCCAUUGUGGUGGUAUACUCUAUUGGAUGUUCCGUGAUGCACGCGUGCAAGAUAACUGGGCAUUAUUAUUUGCACAACGUUUAGCAUUGAAAUUUGAACUACCACUUUUCAUUACAUUUUGUAUCACAACACAUGAAGCAAAUAUUACAAAACGCCAAUACGAAUUCUUAUUGAGCGGUUUAGAAGAACUAGCACACGAACUCCAUGACUUAACUAUUCCAUUCCACUUAUGCUUUGGAUCAGCAGCAUAUUCUUUAUCAGAAUUUGUGCGCUUACAUGAAAUCUCAGCUGUUGUUUGUGAUUUUUCGCCCCUGCGUGAACAACAACAACACGUUGAAGAAGUCAGAAUAGCUUUACCAGAGGACGUGCCAUUAACCCAAGUAGAUGCACAUAAUGUAGUACCAUUGUGGAUAGCUUCGGAUAAACAAGAAUUUGUGGCUUAUUUCAUGCGUCGUAGAAUUAACUUGCGAUUAAAUGAAUUUCUCACAGAAUUUCCACCAGUAAUAAAACAUCCAUAUAACAAGAAUAUUAUGAAUAUGGAAUGUGCAGAUUGGAACAAGGCACGAACGUUUUUUGUAGGUGAUUGUACAGUUCAAGUUGUAAAGUGGGCAAAACCUGGUUAUAUGGCAGCGUGUGCGCAACUGCAAAGCUUUUGUAAUAACCGCUUACCUAUUUAUAGCGAUAAACGUAAUGACCCAACAGUAAAUGCAUUAUCCGGAUUGUCGCCAUGGCUUCACUUUGGUCAAAUUUCUGCACAACGUUGUAUUCUGGAAGUUAAUCGUUACUUAACUAAAUACCAACAAUCUGUGGAAGCCUUUUGCGAAGAGGCCUUAAUUCAUCGGGAAUUAGCGGACAAUUUCUGCUACUACAAUAAAAACUACGACAAUCUUAAUGGAUUAUAUCCUUGGGCAAUUAAAACACUCAAUGAACAUCGCGAAGAUGAGCGUAAUCCCUCCUACACACUCUCCGAAUUUGAACAUGGAAAUACAUAUGAUGAUCUCUGGAAUGCGUCUCAAUUACAACUGGUGCGUGAAGGCAAAAUGCACGGGUUUCUUCGUAAGUAUUGGGCAAAAAAGAUACUGGAAUGGUCAAAUACUCCAGAAUCGGCGUUAGAAACAGCCAUUUAUUUAAACGAUAAAUACAGCUUAGACGGCAGAGAUCCCAAUGGUUAUGUGGAUUUAUAGUAAUCAUCUGGUAAAAAUCCAUCAAGCUCCAGCUUAUCUGCGUUUUCUGGAUAGCAAGCAUACUGCGUGAAAUCGUUUACUCCAACUUCAUUCAGUACUUCAUCAUCGAUGUAGAAGUUACCCGUUGACACACUAGGUUUACGAGAAAGUAUUACAUAUGCCGCAUCGGCCAUUAUAUCCGGCUUGCGAGAAUAUUUAGCACCUUCGGAACCACGUAA